AAGAGUUUCUUUUUAUAUAGUUAUAAAAAUUUCAGUGUUUUCUUGUAAAACGAACGGUGUUGAUAGGGCAAAAUCCAAAACUCUGCCUCAUCUCAGUCGUCUCCCUUUCUCCCUUCUUCUCCAACGUCCGAUCUUCCAGUUCCCUCCAUCCCCAGGUAUGGCGGAUGGUCAAGGUUCGUCUAGGUCACCGGCGAGUCCGAACGGAGGUGGUAGUCAUGAGAGUGGUGGGGACCAGAGUCCGAGGUCUAACGUACGUGAACAGGACAGGUUUUUACCGAUAGCUAAUAUUAGUAGAAUCAUGAAGAAGGCACUUCCUGCUAAUGGAAAAAUUGCGAAGGAUGCUAAGGAGACUGUUCAGGAAUGUGUUUCUGAGUUCAUCAGCUUCAUUACUAGCGAGGCAAGUGACAAGUGCCAGAGAGAGAAAAGAAAGACUAUUAAUGGUGACGAUUUGCUAUGGGCAAUGGCAACUCUUGGGUUUGAAGAUUAUAUUGAACCACUCAAGGUGUAUCUUGCUCGAUACAGAGAGAUGGAGGGUGACACAAAGGGAACGUCAAAGGCUGCUGAUGGCUCUACUAAAAGAGAUGGGAUGCAACAUGGUCCUAAUUCACAGCUUGCACAUCAAGGUUCAUACUCACAAGGAAUGAAUUAUGGGAACUCUCAGGGUCAGCAUAUGAUGGUCCCGAUGCAAGGGACAGAGUAAAAAUCCGAUCUUCGUUCUGUUUGAGAAGACGGUGGACUUAAAAACAUAUUCUAUAUAUAGAUCUUCUGCUGUAACCUCUGUAUCAUGGUUUAUUUAUUCUAGUGCUCUCUAGUGAGUGCCAUGUCAUAUUUAAAGUUUGUAAAUUUAGGAGAUGUUUAAGAAAUAUUAUGGACAUGAUUGUUUGUAGUAAUAAUGAAAACCAUUACCUAGUACUUCAAUUGCAGGAUGUUGCUUCUC